UAGAGCGAUACGAGGCCGACGAGCUGCCUGCCACCAGAAUUGAAGAAAAGGAGGAUAGAAAGGACUUGUUACUGCUUGUCCAGUAGUUAUGAAUCUUCGUGUUCAUAUCGAUGGUUUUGGAUAAAACAUUACUGACUUUCUUAAAUCAGUGUCUUGACUUCAUUGUCGGCAAUAAUCACAGUAUCAAAAUACGGCGGAAAAAAUGGAAAGUAUCAAUCGUGAUUCCGACGUAGAUGAGAAAUAUAGAGUUUAUGCGAGCGUAUCGUUCGCGGUGCUGCUGCUAGGAGUCGGCCUGCCUCUUUGGUGGCAUACCACAGCGGUGCCACGUGUCGCACUGCCCUACGCUAGGAUCAAUGAACUGUCACAGUUGGACAUCAAGAUCACCACAAAGAUCACCGUCGCGGCGCUCUCGCGCGAUCGCGCCGAGCUACUCGCGCAUGAAAUCAGACGGGCUUUCGCGAAUGCUGAGAUAUACCGAUUGGACGUGGAGUAUCAGGUGAUUUCCAAUAACCUGUUAGCGUCUGCUUUCACGUAUCACGAACUCGAGAAGGUAGCCUCGACCUUCGAGCUGGAUAUGGGUGGUCUAUUGUUGUUGGAGGCGACAAAUUUGAAUGACGCCGUUCUAGUCGGCUCUAAAAGAACGCUAUAUUUCUCCACUGAAACUAGUGCUAGCAAAUUGGUGCAGGUGUUAUCAGAAUGGAUUCUACAUGACAAGUCGUUGGCGCUGACGAGGAACGCGCUCGCCAAACCCACCAUGUACAGUUUAGACGAGGAGAACAGGAGACGAUUCCCGGCUAGUCCAGCCUACGACAUCCUGAUUACCGUAGUGAAUUCUGAUCCUGAAAAGCUGAAGGUUGUUUGGGAUCUCAAGAUGGUAGCCGAAGAGUACAUACGACCAUUCCUGGACGAGCUGUCGAUCGUGAGUAACUUCUCGGUAAAGUCGCAGUGGCUGUACUUGCUGCCAUUGGACGUGAAUCCCAGACGGGUGCCCGACAGCAGCCCGAGUCGCCGGCACUUCGCCCUGCGCGAGAGCGUCCUACCGCAGCUCGUGACACCAUUGGAAAAAAAAUUAGCAUCGCAGGUUAGUCUCCAUCCUUGCAUAAGCUUCGUCGUCUACACGGUGCCGUGUGAGAGCGCGCCCUUGCAUAUCUACACACGCAGCGGGCAUAGAUCGCGGACGGACAGUAACGUGGAGGCUUUUCUGUCCCCAAGAUGGGGCGGCGUAGUUCUGAUCAAUCCACCAUCGGAGGCUUGUGAAAGCUCACGGGAGGACGAAAUCGUUACCGUCGUUCCCGAAGAAACCGCAGUGGUGGGCACGUUCUUGGCGCAACUCAGACUGUUAUUGGGCAUUCCAGAAUCGAAGCCCAUCAGUGGAGUGACGGCGGUACCAUUGGUAGGAUUAAAAUCGCGCGACUGGGAGAUCGAUUCACUGUUGAGAUUUCGCACCGUCGAGCAAUUGACCUCGGCGAAAUUGACCUUGCAAUCAUUGGCGCAACUCCUCAAAGAGAUUAGCAAUAUCGUCAUCACAGACAUGGUGGGAAACAGGAUCAAAAGCGCGCUCGAGUUGGUAGACAGGUCCGCGGUAUGCCUGGAACGCGGCGACCUCGAGCGCAGCUUCCUCCUCAGCAAAGAGGCCUUCGUCACCGCCGAAGCGGCCUUCUCCGACCCAACGCUGCUGGCGCUCCUCUAUUUCCCAGAAGAUCAGAAGUACGCUGUUUAUAUUCCCUUGUUCCUACCAGCGAUGAUACCAGUAUUGUUAUCGCUCAAGAAUAUACGAAGAUACUACUUUACGAAGAAAUAGGCAGUACGUAGGAAAAAAAAGAAAGAAACAAAAAGAUAUUAGAGGACCGCGGAGAAAACAAGAAACGGUGAGGAUGGUUAAUUGUGAAGGUCGAAUAAUGAAAGGCGUGUUUAUCUGAUUGAUAACAUGAUUACGUGUAUACAAUCGUGCGAUCGUUCGUUGCAUUGGAGAUCGUUUCGACCAAAAGUAACAUAUAGCAAUAAUAGACGUAAAAUUUUCGUACAGUUCGUUUUAUACCGUUUAUAAACAAAGCUCCGUAUAAUGCGCUGUGUAUAAUUUAUAUUGUACGUGACAUAUCGGCCGUCUCAUCAUGCGAGAAACAUUAUCCGUUUAAGCUCUUACUCGCGCCAGUGAAACGCUAAAAACGCGAUUAUAUAGCACCUCGAAUAAUAUCCUUCUUCACAUGACCGGACAUAGUGUGCAUUCACUUGAGACUGGCACAGUUAGUCAGAAUCGCGUGAUCUUCACGAUCUAUUAAGUACGAAAGUAGAUUCUAGAGUGGAUUUUUACUCAUCGCAGAAAGGACGCCGAAGGAAAAGACGCGUGGAGGUAACGGUAAAUUUUAUCUGUUUUAUUACGGAAAGAAAAGAAUUUUCGACGAGAGAUGUAUGGAUGUGUGUAUAUGUGUGUAUGUAUGUAUAUGUGUAUAUAUG